GCCUGCGUGUAGACCCUGACGCUGCAUGAAGGCAGAAUGAAAAUGCUCCCGGGCGUGGGUGUUUUUGGGACUGGCAGCGCUGCCCGGGUGCUGGUCCCCUUGCUGAGAGCAGAAGGCUUCUCCAUCGAGGCGCUCUGGGGGAAGACCGAGGAGGAAGCCAAGCAGCUGGCUGAGGAAAUGAACAUCUCCUUCUACACGAGCCGCACUGACGAUGUCUUGCUGCACCAGGACGUGGAUCUGGUUUGCAUCAACAUCCCUCCACCGCUAACUCGGCAGAUUGCUGUGAAAGCUCUAGGAAUAGGAAAGAACGUGAUCUGCGAGAAAGCCGCUACCUCUGUGGACGCCUUCCGGAUGGUCACAGCCGCCAGGUAUUACCCCAAGCUGAUGAGCAUCGUUGGCAACGUCCUGCGCUUCCUGCCCGCCUUUGUGAAGAUGAAGCAGCUCAUAGAGGAGCACUACGUGGGCAACGUGAUGAUGUGCGACGUGCGCGUGUACGGCGGGAGCCUGCUCAGCCACCAGUACACCUGGAUCUGCGACGAGCUCAUGGGAGGCGGCGGCCUGCACACGAUGGGCACCUACAUCAUCGACCUCCUCACCCACCUCACCGGCCGCAGAGCCGAGAAAGUCCACGGCUUGCUCAAGACUUUCGUGAAGCAGAACACGGCCAUCAGCGGCAUCCGCCACGUCACCAGCGAUGACUUCUGCUUCUUCCAGAUGCUGAUGAGCGAGGGCGUCUGCUGCACUGUGACUCUCAACUUCAACAUGCCCGGGUCGUUCACCCAUGAAGUCAUGGUGGUCGGCUCCGCCGGCCGCCUUAUAGCCCGGGGCACGGACCUGUACGGGCAGAAGAACACGGUGCUGCAGGAAGAACGACUGUUCACGGAUUCUCUGACUGUCAACAAAGGCCUUUUGGAAAAGGGGUUUAAAGACAUCCCGCUGCUCUACCUAAAAGGAAUGGUGUACAUGGUGCAAGCCUUGAGACAGUCUUUCCAAGACCAGGAGGAUCGCCGGACAUGGGAUCAUAAACCCGUUUCUAUGGCGGCUUCUUUUGAAGAUGGCCUCUACAUGCAAAGCGUUGUAGAGGCCAUCAAGAAGUCCAGCCGGUCGGGGGAGUGGGAGGCCGUGGAGGUGAUGACUGAGGAACCAGACGCCAAUCAAAACCUUUGCGAGGCGCUGCAGAGAAAUAACUUGUGAACGGUCCCGUCUUGGGUGAUGGGACCAUUAUCAUUUCUGGCUGCAACC